AUGGUUGGUCGCGCCUUUAAACUGGUCAAGGAGAGGAUCACCAAGAUUGUGAAGCAUGACCGCUAUCGAGAGGCAAUGGCUGCUACAGAGACGAUGGAAGUUGACCCGAUCCUGAACCGCGCUCUGAACGAGUUUACCAUUGCCAUGCUGACCUUCACUGUGGGCCGAAUCUGCUUGGGUGCUAUUACCAAGCAUGCCAGAACUUUGGAGCAACAGCCCGAGGAUGAACUUAAAGCUGUCGAGGCCAAACAUGCUGAACAGCUGGCAGUGGUGGUUGAGGAAAAGGCCAAAUUGGCUAAGGAGUUGGAGGAGAAGCAGAAGUCUCUGGAGAAAGUUCGCGAGCAGAGGGACCAAUUUAGGGAGUCCAACUGCUUUAACUUCCGUGCAGCCCAAUAUCUCGAGGUGGACAUGGCCGCGAGUAGGCAGGAGACCACAGCUCUGGAGAGCCGGAUUGAAGAGUUGGAGAAGGCCAACGCCAGAAACUUGGAAAGCUUUCAUGCAAGAUCCAUGGGGAGGAGAAAGACCCAUCAACGACAACUUAUUGACAUGGACUCUCAGGACGUGUUCGAGCAUUACAAGGCUGUCGCUGCAUCUUCUGGCAAGAAGAAGGACAGCAAGAGGUCUCGAGGGGAGAGCAGUAAAACCGCCUCAAAGAAGGGAUUACUAACCAUGACCGCUAGCUGGCGCCGUGCGGGGGCGAUGGUGUCUCGGGCCAAAAACUUCGACACCAGGCUUGCUGAGGCUAAGAAAGCGCUCGAAGAGAAAAACACUGAGUUGCUCGAGAAGAACAAUGAGCUAACUAAAGAGAAUGGUGAAUUGCUUGAGAAGAGUACAGAGCUGUCUAAGCAGAAAGAGGAACUGCUCGAACAAAAAGCCACUCUAACCGAGGAGUUACUGGAGGUUCGAGACGGCCUGAAGAAAUCCAAUGAAGACAAAGAAAAAUUUAGGCAAAGCGCAAAACUCAACUACCAACAAUCCGUACAGCUCGAGCUUGACUUGAUUGCGAGCAUGCAAGAAACGGAUGAGCUGGAAAAGCAUAUGUUGAAGAGAGCAUGGCAACAGGUGGUCUCUGAGAAGCAAGACCUUGAGAAUUUUUCCAUGCUCGACGUUCUCGGGUCAAAGGCGGAUGCAGUGGAUAAAUUUCUCGAUGCUGACCCUGCAGAAAAAAUGGCUACACGUCUAUUCACCGUGACCAACCUCAACCGUUACAAGCUAUUCCCGGUUUCGGAGCCUGAGUUGUUGUGGCAUAUUUCUGAGCGAAAGAAAAAGGUUGUUUUGGCUGAACCUCACUCGGAUGGGGGUGAAGCAGAGUGUGUGCCAGAGAGGACUUAUACAGUGGCUCAACGAUUUGCCGACUCAGCUCAAGACCUCUCCGCGUCGAAUGCUGAAAGGGACCGUCUUACAGUCCAGGUCCAGGGGCUCAAGAGGGAACUUGCUGAAACCAAACUUAAGCUAGAGAAGGCCCUGGCAAAGGCCUCUUCAUCAUCAAAAAAGGAGAAGAGGGCGACUACCAAGGUCGUGAUGCUGCAGGAGAAGGUCACUUGCUUAGAGGCCGACCUUAAGGGUGCAAAGGCUACCAUCACAACGUUGUAG